AUGGAGCGGAGCGAGGAGGAGCAGAAUGAGAGCGGCUCGUCCCAACAACACAACACGAUGUGGAAACAGUUUCAAGCCAAAGCCAAGCCGCUGCUCAGCCCCAAGCUGGGCUCCAGAGACUCCGAGGACAAGAAGGAGAAGUCCGGCUGGAUGUUUAAGAAGAUGAAGCGGAAGGAAAACGUCGCCCUGGACAGAGUGAUCUCCUCCUCACAGCCGGACCUGCUCUUCUCCUCCUCCAAGGUGGAGGAGGCUCAGCUCUGCGGCAAAGCGGCGGCACACAAGGAGAAGCUGCACAAGUCCAGCAGCCCCCACAAGCCCACGGUGGCUCAGCUAGUCCAGUCCCACCACAAGAGCUCCUCUCUGGGGUCUGCGUGUUUGGAGAGGCUGGCAGAGCCUCCGAGCGGCAGCGGCGGAAGCGGCGACGGAGGCGACGCGGCAACAUCUGCAGCAGCGGCAGAAGCACCGCUGGAGAGCAAAGAUGAGCAAUCGGGUAUGGGUGCUCCGUGCUCCUCAGGGGGCUCGGCUGAGAGAGCGGCCCCGAGUUCAGGGAUGUACAAACUGGAGAUCGAGCUGAAGAGAGGAAACAACCUGGCCGUCAGGGACAGAGGAGGCACCAGUGACCCAUAUGUGAAGUUCAAGCUUUCAGGUAAAGAAGUGUUCAGGAGCAAAACCAUCCAUAAAAACCUGAACCCGGUGUGGGAGGAGAAGACGACGUUGAUCCUGGACUGUCUGAGUGAACCUCUGUAUGUGAAGGUGUUUGACUAUGACUUCGGCCUUCAGGACGACUUCAUGGGCUCAGCUCACCUUUACCUGGAGUCUCUGGAGCAGCAGAGGAUGAUCCCGGUAACUCUGGUCCUGAAGGAUCCUCAACACCCUGAUCAGGAUCUGGGCUCCCUGGAGCUCGCUGUGACUCUGACUCCUAAAGACAGUCCUCUGGAGGAACGACGGGACUCCACGACCAUGCUGCUCAGGAGGUCCUGGAAACGAUCCACGAAGCAGCAGUCCCAGCGUCUCUCUGAGCUUCACCGUAAAUCUCAGCUGUGGAGAGGAAUCGUCAGCAUCGCUCUGAUCGAAGGACGAAACCUGAUCCCCAUGGACCCCAACGGACUAAGUGACCCCUACGUCAAGUUCAGACUGGGACCCCAGAAGUACAGGAGCAAGACGGUGCCAAAGACGCUGAGUCCUCAGUGGAGGGAGCAGUUUGACCUCCACCUUUAUGAGGAGACGGGAGGAGUGUUGGAGAUCACUGUGUGGGACAGAGACACUGGGAGGAGAGACGACUUCAUUGGACGCUGUCAGUUGGACCUCUCCACGCUGACAAAGGAGCAGACUCAUCAUCUGGAGCUGCAGCUGGAGGAGUCCCGGGGCAUCGUGGUGCUUCUGGUCACUCUCACUGCCUCGGCUCACGUCUCCAUCGCCGACCUGUCCGUGACGCCGCUGGACGACCCGCAGGAGCGCCGAGAGAUCCUCAAACGAUAUGGCGUGCUGAAGUCGCUGUCAAACAUGAAGGAUGUCGGCAUUGUGCAGGUGAAGGUGUUGCGGGCUGAAGGGCUCAUGGCUGCAGAUGUGACGGGUAAGAGCGAUCCAUUCUGUGUGCUGGAGCUGAAUAACGACAGACUACAGACGCACACUGUUUACAAGAACCUCAAUCCAGAGUGGAACAAAGCCUUUACUUUUAAUGUGAAGGACAUCCACUCAGUGCUGGAGGUGACGGUGUUCGAUGAAGACAGGGACAGAAGUGCCGACUUUCUUGGGAAAGUGGUCAUCCCUUUAUUACAUGUCCGUAACGGUGAGCAGAAGAGCUACAUGCUGAAGAAUAAAGAGUUAACCGGCCCGACUAAAGGAAAUAUCUACCUUGAGAUCGAUGUCAUCUACAACACUGUCAAAGCAGCACUGAGGACGGUGACGCCUGCAGAGCAGAAAUACAUCGAGGAGGAACCAAAAGUCUCCAAACAGCUACUCCAGCAGAACUUUAACCGUGUGAAGAGGUGCAUCAUGGUCCUGAUCAGCUAUGGGACGUAUAUCAACAGCUGCUUCGAGUGGGAGUCUGCUCAGAGGAGCAUCGUCUCCUUUGUGCUCUUUGUGGUGGUUGUGUGGAACUUCGAGCUCUACAUGCUGCCUCUGGGUCUGCUGCUGCUGCUCGUCUGGAACUAUUUCUUCUCCUCCAGCAGAGAAACAGCUGACAUGUCCAUGGAGGCCAUGUUUGAAUGGGAAGAAGAUGAGGAGGAUAAAGAGGACAAGGAGUCAGAGCACAAGGGCUUCAUGAAUAAACUGUACGCCAUCCAGGACGUGUUCAUCAGCGUGCAGAGCGCUCUUGAUGAAGUGGCCUCGUAUGGAGAGAGGAUAAAGAACACGGUGAACUGGACAGUGCCUUUUCUCAGCUGCUUGGCGAUCACUGCCUUAUUUUUGGCCACCGUUCUGCUCUACCUCAUACCUCUGCGCUACCUCGUGCUGGCCUGGGGUGUGAAUAAAUUCACGAAGAAGCUUCGUGAUCCGUACAUGAUUGACAACAACGAGCUUCUCGACUUUCUCUCCAGAGUGCCGUCAGAUGUGCAAGUGAUGCAGUAUCGCGAGCUGAAACUGGACCCCGGUCAAAGUCCAAACAAGCGCAGGAGGACGAACCCGAGCUAGCGUCCGCUUCCUCUCUGAGCUCUCCGUCGUCAUUCCUCUCUACCUGUAAACACUGUAAACUACGUUAUUUAUAUAUUUCUGCUAUAUUUGACAUUAUUACCAGAAGUUCUGUUUGUCUUUUGUUUUGUUACUGUGGAAAGAUUUAUUUUCUAAAGCUUGUAAAGAAAGUUUUUUAAUCCCUUUUAUUUCCUGUAAGAACACUCCACACAUACAGGAUGUAUACAUGUUAAUAACGUAUGUUAUGAAUGUACACGUGUGUUGCAGUAUGCAUGUAUGACAGUGUGCUACUGUUGCAUGGAUCGUUAUGUUUUAUAUUUCUUUGGGAUAUUUUUAACUCGGCUGUGUCGUCAGUGUCCGAUGUAACUUUUAUAUAGGAUUGCAUGAUUUUACUGCCAUCGUUACUACAUGUAAGACGAUAUUUACACGCUCAGUAAUAAGACUUCAUAUGCAAAAACAUGUCAGAUAUGGUCAAAGCUACCCCACACUGACAGUAGCAUGUUAAACUCAUUGAGUAUUCCUUUAUGUACGUAGUGAAAAACAGCUUUUAAGGCACUUAAUUUGUGAGCACUGCAAUGCAAAAACAGUUAUACAUUUUAACCUUCUUUAAAAAAGGGCAUUACACCAUUUUUCUUUAAAAUUAUGGUCAGUUUAAUCCUGUUACUCAGCCUGUAAAAACUGUAAAACGUCUUCACUUGGCCUUGACAAAAACAUCACUUAUUUUUCUUGAAAUCUGGCUUCAUAAAUGUGUUUUUUAUAGCCUAAAAGUGACCAGUAAUGGACGAAAAGGGCAGAUCAGUAGAGAAAUAUGGACUUAAAUAAUGCUAAAUUAGUAGCUAGCACUAGCUAGAUUAUUUUGCAAAGUUUGCUGGUCACAAGGAUGCAAAUUCAAUUCCUAGAAAGUCUUCCUGACAACUAUAUGCAAAACAAAACACUUAAAAUGUAACGUGGUAGCAAUUUAGCAGUCCCAGGUAGCACUGCAAAAAACCCUCCUCUUCAUUCUGGUCUCUUUGACCCAAAUGGAAGCAUAUUUAUUAAAUAAAUACCAUACUUUAAUAGAGAUGAUGUUCAACUAGUUAUUAAGACCAUAAAAUUGUUUGGAAAAUGUUUACAAAGGGAAUAAAUCAGCCGAAUUGUAGUUUUUUCUUACAGACUUACAUCUAACCGGGGCCUAGUUCAUGUAGAAUGUAGAGCAAACGCUAACAGCUCAGAAACAGAGCAUUAUUUGCUCACAGCUCUGAUGAUGCUCGGACAAAAACAGACCCAUAAAGCUGUGGUUCAGCAUGCACUUUGCUCUUGUUUUGUGUCUGAAUGUGGGGAGAAGCUCUCUGCAGCAUUACCCUGCACAGAGUGCCGCUCUCACGCUGACGGAGCUCAGUUCUGUCCACCCAAAGAGGAUGAGGGGUGGACUCCUCUGAAAACAUGGGAUGCUUCACUGUUUUAAACCAAGAUUCCUCUCUGAAUAGAGAAUGACAGGACAACUCAUAGGAAAAUAACAGCACAAAAGCUCUUAAAGUACACAAACAGCCCUGCAGGGAUGUCGUUUGCUGUGCAACUCAGAAAAACAUUCAACCCUUUUAGGAUUUUUUGUGCAUAAGAUUGUGUCUUUAAGACUCAUUUUUUGCACAGGCCAUGAACUGCUGGAUGUGAAGAUUAUAAAAACUUUUAAAGUCACAAGGCUACAGUAUGUCAGUUCCUUAUAAGAAGUCUAUGGAUGAAAGGAUUUCCACCUUUUAAUGAAUUAAGAUUUCUAAAUAAUUAUGUUUUUACCUCACUGAAUCACUCUGAGACAAUUCAAUCAGAAAACAGUGAUUUGCAAAUCAUUUCCUCCUUUAUUUAACUGAAUACAGCACAAAUAUAAGAUAUUUAAUGUUCUUUUUGUUUUAAUUGGAAUGUACACACAUUUUAAAUUGCAUGCAUGCAAGAUGUUCCAAAAAAGUUGGGACAGCAGCAUGUUAACACUGUGUUCCAUCACCUAUCGCUCAAUUUUUAAGCAUCUGGGGAAUGAAGACAGUUAUCGUUGAAGUUUUGAAAGUGGAAUUUUUUCUCAUUCUUGCUGAUGUUCACAUUCAGUUGCUCAACGGAGUGCUAAGGCCCCUCUUUCACUGUGAAGCCAUGGUGUUGUAACUCGUGCAGCAUGUGUCUAGGGUUUUUCUCGCUAAAAUAAGCUGGAAAAGACGUCUGAAUGGAAGCAUAUCUUGCUCCAAAACCAGAAUGUACCUCUCAGUAUUAAUGUUGCCUUCACAGAUGUGUAAGUGCCCUGGGCACUAAAACACCCCCACACCAUCACAGAUGCUGGCUUUUGAACUUUGAUAACAAUCUGGAUGGUCCUUUUCCUCCACAGCCAGUAUCAGACAUCAGCACACUUUUCCACUUUAGGUCAGUCCAUCUCAGAUGUGCUCAGGCUCAGAGAAGUGGGCGGGGCUUCUGGAUGUUGUUUGUAUAUGGCAUGUUCGAGUCUUCGAUGAAGUGAUGUACUGUGUUAACAGUGGUUUUUCUGUAGUGUUCCUGAGCCCUCGUUGUCAUAUCCAUUACAGAGUGAUGACAGUUUUUUAUGCAGCAUGCUGGAGUUUUCAGCCUUGCCUCUUACGUGCAGAGAUUUCUCCAGAUUCUCUGAAUCUUUUGAUGAUAUUAUGAACUGUAGAUGGUCAGAUCUCUCAAAUCUUUUCAGUUGCACAUUGAGCAAUGUUGCUCAUAAACUGUUAGACUUUUUGCACAUGCAGUCUUUCACAAAGUGGAGAACCUCACGCUGAGAGGAGUGCUCCUUUUAUUCCCAAUCAUGCAACACAGUGAGAAAAGUAUUCAGCCCUCUGAGGAUCUUUUGUUCACACGAUUGGGUCUUUAAGACUAAUUUUUGCUCAAAUUUAGCAUGCAUAAAAGCAGAGCAAACCUUUUGUGAAUCAGUCCAUCGACUGCUGGAUCUAAAGGUUUUAAAUACUUUUCAGAGUACAAGGCUACAGGCUACUUUUAUACCCAUUCAUGGUAACCAAUUAACCUGCUUACCUGUGGAACGUUCCACGUCUUUCUGAGCAUUUCACAAAUUUCCCAGUCUUUUCCCGCUCCUGUCCCAACUUUUUUUGGAACAUGCUGCAGGCAUCAAAUUCAGAAUGUGUGUAUAUUUCCAUAAAACAACAAAGACUUUUAAUUUGAGCAUGUUUUUGUGCUGUAUUCAGCUGGAUGUAGGUUGGAAGGAUUUAAAACCACUCUUCUGUUUUCACUCACACAUUAAGGUCUGGACUCCUUUAUUUAAAUUGUCAGCAACAUUUAGUUAGGUUUGUUUACAUUUUUAGAUGUUUGUUUUUUUGCAACUUUGGCAGCUUUAGUUAGUUUACAGAUGAAGAUAUUUGCACAAAAACCCAUAAAACAUUUUAAAUAAGAGUAAAGCUUAUAAAGUCAACAGUAUGAAAUGUUUUACAAGAAAAUGAACUUUUAAUGCAAUAUUAUGUAAAACGUCUCAGCCUCACCUUUUGCUGAUUUGUGUUUUUAUUUAACAGUAAGCUCAAACAUUGCAGCUUGAUUUCAGAUUUAUGUGAUUUAUGGUGAGAUGUUUUCCUGCAUGUCUGUGGUCUGUCAUCCGUCCGUGUCUCAGUGUUUCUUUGCAUGACUGAACUAAACUUAUAUGCAAGAGCAUUUACAGAAACUGAAUGUCAAGUAUAAUGUUUACUCUCUCUUUACCACCCGAUCUCCGUCACUUCUGUCAGUUUCUGUUUCCUGAUGCACUUCCUGCUGCUGGUGAGCGUUUACUGCCAUAAAGUCUGGACCGACUUUAACGACUGUGUAGCAUUUGUCUGAUAAAAUAUA